CCGAUUCACAUCAAAACAGCCUGGAGGAGAACCCUGUGCCAGUAUAAACAAAAAUCGUGCUGUGAUUGUUCGGGCGAGUAGAGCAAAUUUAAGGAAAUUAUCAGAUAUUGUGGCUGUGUACAUGUCGGUACUCCCCAACUCAUAGAUCGUCACACUAACCAACCCAGCGCAGCUCAAUCUACGAAGACGAGAACAAGAUGGUGGAGUUUGCCUUCGACAUCAAGCACCUCUUUCCGCAGCCGAUCAUCCGCGUGCAGGCGCACUGCCUGUGUCCGAAGGUCGAGGCGCGACCCCGGCCCCACCCAUUCAACCUGGCCCACCAUCGCGGGCCGUCGGAGCCCGCCAGCUGCAAGCUGAGCCAGAUCCUGGACUCCAUGGGCCAGCUGUCGGCCGUCGCCCAGGGGCUGCGCCACCCGGUGACCACCGCCGAGAAGCUGGUGGCCACCGAGCAAGUGGUCUACCUGAUGGCGGACAACGAGGCGGGCCGCUGGGCGGUCACCGCCCUGCUCAAGGUCGGCACCAAGGACCUCUUCCUGUUCGACAAGCAGGGCUCCUGCCGGCGGGCGGACCAAACGCCGGCCAUCCUCGACUUCUACGUCCACGAGUCCCGCCAGCGCCGCGGCCUGGGCAAGCAGAUCUUCCAGCGGAUGCUCGACGAGCAGGGCUGGGCGGCACGCAAGUGCUCCGUGGACCGGCCAUCCGAGAAGCUGCUCGCCUUCCUGGGCAAGCACUACGGCCUGGUGCGCCCCAUUCCGCAGGGCAAUAACUUUGUCCUCUACGAGGAUUUCUUUGAGGAUGCCCACGCCCAAGCCCAAGCCCACGCCCAAGCCCACGCCCAAGCCCAAGCCCACGCCCACGCCCACGCCCAAGCCCACACUAACGCCCAAGCCCACGCCCACGCCAACGCCCACUCCCACCCCCAGAUCUGCCCCAGUCCCGGGCUCGUGUGCUCCGUGGCGGACGGCCAGGGAUGCAGCCGGAGCGCCAGCCCCGCCCUUCGUCCCGCUGUGCCGCCCAUCAGGCCCACCACCAACCCCAAGCAGCAACAGGGCGACGUCCUCGACCAGGGACAGCUCCCCAAGGUCGCGGGUCACCAGGUCUCGCUGCAGAGACGUUUCAGAGUGCCACGCCAGCUCUGCAGCAUGCCCCAAAUCCAGACCGCCAGGGGCAGAAGAUGCGACCACUAGAUGCACCCCCAAAAUUAACAGUUCUUGUUAAAAUUUUUAAGGUUUCUGAUCGUUGGCUGUUCUGUAACGGCUUUAAAAACUACAGCAAAUGUUUUUAAA